AUGACCAGCCAAAAAGUGCAUAAACACAAAUCGGAAAAGAAACGCAGCAGCAGCAGCAGCAGUCAACACAAAUCACAUAAAUUGAAAUCGAAACACGGCGAACAUCAUCUGAAACGGAAAUAUCUCAAGAAAUUGCGUAAAGGAGCUCAAAGCAUUAGUUUUCCAUAUCAAUUGUUUCUCUAUCGCCAGGAGCUGAGACGUUCCAGUUCGGAUUUCUCGUACUUGCGUCUAUCAAGAGCCAAAAUCAUGCUGACAUCCAAAUUGAUAGCCAAUAAUAUAAAUACCUACAAUCAAAUGAGCACGACUGGAACAAUUCAAGGAGCUUGGACUAACCGAAAUGAUAAUGAAUGGCAAAAAGACGCUUUGCUCUGGUCCGCAAGCUGCAAUCUGUGUCUAGGAGAAGUUAUAGAAGAGGCCGAACGAUUGGGGCUAUCAUCGACUAGUGAGACGACAAGAAUAACAACAACCACAUCAACACCAACUACCACAAAGACGACAGCAACAUCAACAACAACAACAAAGACGACAACAACCACAACAAGAAGACCUAUCAGCAGCACAAAACCCACAUUGACCACAUCAAAAGCUAAACAGUCACACAAAUUUGAUGAGGAUGAUUAUAAUUUCUUGAGUGAACGUUUGCCCGAUCUAUCAGAUGAUGAAUAUGCCAAUUUGAGUGAAGAUGCCAAUCCAUUGCAUUUUCUUAAACAACAAUCCAAGCCACAAGUUAAAGAACAGACCACUCCGGAGACGACUACUCCCAUAGCAAUGAAAUCUGGCUCGCCCAUUUAUAUAACCAUUCCAAUCUAUAUCAGUACAGCGGGGAAAUUGCCUUUGACCUUGACCAUUGGUGACCAGGAGAUGCCCAUUCAUCAAUUGAGACGCGCUGGCAACAUCACCAGCAAGAAGAAUCCUUCCACCAAGGCGCCAAACUCACAUUUCAAUCGCCUGCUCCAACAGAUUGAGUCCCCCAAGCGACGUGUCACCAAUCGCCAUCGUCAUAGUCCAACGAAAAGUAAAAUCUAUGCGGUCAAAGAGCGUCACAAUAAUUGAAUUGAAUUGAAUUACUCUG